AUGAGCACUGCUGCCUCCUCUUCUUCCCUGGAGAAGAGCUAUGCGCUGCCUGACGGACAGGUCAUCACCAUUGGCAAUGAGAGAUUCUGUUGCCCAGUCUUCCAGCCUUCCUUCCUCGGUAUGGCUUCCUUUAGAAUCCAUGAGAUCACCUACAACAGCACCAUGAAGUGUGAUAUUGACAUUCGUAAGGACCUUUACGCCCACACCGUGCUGUCUGGAGGUACCACCAUGUACCCUGGCAUUGCUGACCGGAUGCAGAAGGAGAUCACAUCCCUGGCCCCAUCCACCAUGAAAAUCAAGAUCAUUGCCCCACCUGAGCAUUAAUACUGUCUGGAUUGGAGGCUCUA